AUGUUGAACAGAGCACACGAGACCGGAGGAAAUGCAAAGGCCUUGAAUGUUUUCUGGAGAAAGCUUUGGAAGUUGGACAUACCUGCAAAAGUCAAGGUGUUUGGCUGGCGCUUAAACCAUGGGAUUCUACCUGUACUGUGCAACUUAAGAAAGAGGGGGAUUGACAUUCAAGAUUGUUUCCUGAGAAGCAGACAAGAGGGGCAAUCAGUCAUGCAUGUUAUUAAAAGAUGUAGUGAGGCAGAUGAAAUUUGGAGAAUGGUGCAAUGUGGAGAUGAAUGGAUUUGUAAUGAACUUGAUAGCGAGACAGGGUGGUUAAGCAAGGUUGCGGAACUGGUGGACAAAAACAGCUUAGAACUUGGGAUUAUGACAAGCUGGAUGAUCUGGCAUAACAGAAACAUCGAGAUUAAGACCAGGGAAACCAGGAAAGCUGAGGACAUGGUGGCAUUCAUUAGGAGAUAUCUGGAAGAAUAUAAAGAUGCCCAGACACAUCCAUCAUCAAAUUUGAAACAGGUCAAGCAUAGCUGGACGACACCAGAAAAUGGCUUUGUUAAUGCAAACUUUGAUGGCACCUUAAGAACGGAGGAAGGGAUAUGUGGUAUUGGGGUGGUGAUACAGGAUGCAACCGGAAAGGUACGAGGGGCAUGCAUGACCAUUAUGAGAAAUGCUGGUGAUCUUACCAUUGCUUAA